UAGAAAUUCCGAUAAGAGUAAUAUCAUAAAUAUAAAGUAUAGUGUUCCAUACCGUACGGUUGUAUGGGUAGCAAUAACUAUGGAUGUGUUGUUAUCACCUAUGUGUGUCAAUAUAUACAUACGUGUACGCGGUAUUUCAAUCCUACGUGGCAAUGUUAAACAGUAAUAAUUAUUUUAUAGCUUUAUUUUAAUGAGCCGACAUGUAGAUAGCUGAUAAAAACAGCCAGAUUUCAUUUAUAAUUCAUAUUAUUAUGAAUAAAUUUUUUAAUAAACAUUAGAGAAUAAUGCAACAGAAAAAGAAAAAAUCAGGAGUAAUGCGUGCAUUAAUUCUUGUCGGUGGAUAUGGAACUAGAUUAAGACCGCUCACGUUAAGUCGACCUAAACCGUUGAUCGAGUUUGCUAAUAAACCUAUGCUUCUACAUCAAAUAGAGGCUUUGGUGGAAACAAAUGUGACAGAGGUAAUACUAGCCGUCUCGUAUCGUGCGGAGGAAAUGGAAAGAGAUUUGGGCGAUGCAGCAAAAAAAUUGGGAGUGAAUUUAAUAUUUUCACACGAGCCAAAACCUCUCGGUACCGCAGGACCGCUCGCGCUUGUGCACGACCUUCUUUGCUCUGAGGAUAAUGAGCCAUUUUUUGUUUUAAAUUCUGACAUUAUUUGUGACUUUCCAUUCAAGCAACUUCUCGAGUUCCAUAAAAGUCAUGGUAAAGAAGGUACGAUAGUUGUUACUAAAGUGGAGGAACCGUCAAAGUAUGGUGUGGUUGUUUACGGAGAUGAUGGGAAAAUAGAAAGCUUUGUAGAAAAACCUCAAGAAUUUAUCUCCAAUAAAAUAAAUGCAGGUAUGUACAUUUUGAAUCCAAGUGUCUUAAAAAGAAUAGAACUGAAGCCUACAAGUAUAGAAAAGGAAGUGUUUCCACUGAUGGCUCAGGAUGAAGAAUUGUAUGCAAUGGAACUAACAGGAUUUUGGAUGGAUGUCGGACAACCAAAAGAUUUUCUUAAAGGAAUGAGUAUGUACCUGACGUUUUUGAGACAGAAGUCCCCAGAAAAAUUAUAUUCUGGUCCAGGUGUGGUAGGCAACGUUUUAAUAGACGAAACAGCAAAGAUUGGAAAAGACUGCAGAAUAGGACCUAAUGUCACAAUCGGUCCUGGUGUUGUAUUGUCUGACGGAUGUUGUAUCAAAAGAAGUACUAUCCUUAAAUCGGCUAUAAUAAAAGAACAUGCGUGGCUAGAUGGGUGCAUCGUAGGUUGGAGGAGCGUCGUAGGACGUUGGGUCCGGAUGGAAGGUAUUACGGUACUUGGUGAAGACGUGAUCGUUAAGGAUGAAUUAUACAUAAACGGAGGUCAGGUUUUACCUCACAAAAGUAUUUCCAGUUCUGUACCGGAACCACAAAUAAUAAUGUGACUAAAGACAAUACUUUAAAGUAGACACAUUGGGCAUAAUGAAUGACCAAACUACAAAAUCUAUAAAUAAAAAGUUUUUACCAGCUUUUUUAACCUUAUGUAAAUUAAUAUCGAAUAUUUGUAUUCGUUUGUAUCGUAUUUACAUUUACAAUUUAAAUCAACUUUAUUGGCAAUCCUCGUGUCACUAUUGCAGCCGCGGUCAUAUACUGAGAACAGACAUAUUUACACUGCCACUGCUCUC